GACGCUCAGCCUCUGAGACAUGCCCGGCCAGGCAAAAAAAACACAUAUAUUUUUUAAAAAGCCACUAGUUUAUACUUUCAAUUCCAACCCAAUACCACAGGAUUCUGUCAAGAACUGUGAAGUGUCUGAGAUUUAACCUACUUGUUUGUUAACAAGUUAGCUUGCCACAGUUUCACAGAUGCUGGCAGAAGACAUGAGACUUCUGGGUCAGAAAUGAAAGACAGUUUAUUGCUCAUAGCAAUAGCCAAAGUGUCAAUACUUUCUUGUACUGGCUCACUUACACCCAUAGGGUGAUGCAAAUGCACAGGUAUUUGUGUCUCCCAUGAAUUUAGGGAACCUAAAUCUUAUGUAAUGGGCAACAAGCAUGCCUGCCCUUUGCUCUGAAGAGAGAAUAUCUCUGUCUUUAAGGCUGCUCAUAAACAUCUUGGAGAAAUAGUACAUAAACAUCUUGGAGAAAUAGUACAAAAUAAUAGCACUUAGUGCUUCCAAUGGCAAGAUGUACAGAUACAUGUAAGACUCAAGGAGAAUUGUUUCCCAUCAAGUUUGGCCAUUUCUUAUUUGUAACUCCUUUCUCCAACAAUGAGAAACCUGUUUCUAGUGUUUCAGUAUUUUUUUACUCAUAUUCUAGAAUACAUGUAAAGUAGUUUCAGACUUGCUAGCUCAUACUUAUAUAAAACACAAAUUUACUAACUACAGUAAAGUAUUUGUGUGCAACUUUUCUUCUUUAGCUUUACAGUAUAGAGUCAAAAAUGGUUUCCAAUUUUGCUCUUUUCUUUGCCACCUCUUCAAUGUAGUUUUGUUACUCAUUUUUAUGUGUUUAGCUUUGUGUGUUACACUUUGGGUUCCCCAACAUCUCGGUUGCUUGUUGCAUGUCACAGUAUUUUGAGUAUGAAAACAUUAAUGUGGUUCCUGCCUACCCCCUGUACAUAAUCAGCCUCAUUAGUUUCUGCUUUAGCCUUCUGCUGCUGCUUUUGCACAAAUGAGCAGGGACAUGUAUUCUUUCGAAUGAUUUCCUUUUGCGAUGGACCUAGAGAUUAUGAUGCUCUUUUUCCAAAAGAGGAGUCCAGAGGACGACUGGUCCUUUUCUGCAAAUAUCAAAGCCAUGGCUCAGGAGUCAGUGGUGUUCAGUGAUGUGUGCAUAGACUUCUCUCGGGAGGAGUGGGAAUACCUGAAUGAUGAUCAGAGAGAUUUGUACAGAGAUGUGAUGUUGGAGAAUUACAGCCACCUGGUCUCAAUGGGACAUUCUAUUUCUAAACCAGAUGUGAUCUCCUUCUUGGAGCAGGGGAAGGAGCCCUGGUUGGUUGACAGAGAAGUGACAGGAGGCCAGUGUCCAGUCCUGGGAUCAAGAUAUGAAACCAAGAAAUUAUUUCUGAAGAAGGAAAUUAAUGAAAUAGAGUCAGCCCAGUGGGAGAUAAUGGGAAGACUUACAAGACAUGACCUUCAGUGCUCUAAUUUCAGAGAUGAUUGGGAAUGUAAUGACCAGUUUGAGAAACAACAUGGCUCUCAGGAGGGACAUUUCAAUCAACCAAUAUACACCCAUGAAGGCAUGCCCACUUUUAAUCAGGAUCUAUCCUUACAGCAAAUAAUUCAUAAUAAAGAGAAAUACUGUGCAACUAAGGAGUGUAGACAUGACUCACAGCUUACUACACAUCAGAUAAUUCAUACCAUUGACAAACCCUAUGAAUGUAAAGAAUGUGGAAAGACCUUUAGACAUCCCUCAAGACUCCGUCACCAUCAGAAAAUUUAUACUGGCAAGAAACCCUUUGAAUGUAAGGAAUGUGGAAAAACCUUUAUUUAUGGCUCAGACCUUACUCGACAUCGGAGAAUUCACACUGGUGAGAAGCCCUAUGAAUGUAAGGAAUGUGGGAAAGCCUUUAGUAGUGGCUCAAACUUCACUAGACAUCAGAGAAUUCACACUGGUGAGAAGCCCUAUGAAUGUAAAGAAUGCGGGAAGGCCUUUAGUAGUGGCUCAAACUUUACUCAACAUCAGAGAAUUCAUACGGGCGAGAAACCCUAUGAAUGUAAAGAAUGUGGCAAUGCCUUUAGUCAGAGCUCACAACUUAUUAAACAUCAGAGAAUCCAUACAGGUGAGAAACCCUAUGAAUGUAAGGAAUGUGAAAAGGCUUUUCGUUCUGGUUCAGACCUUACUCGACACCAGAGAAUUCAUACUGGUGAGAAACCCUAUGAAUGUAAGAUAUGUGGGAAAGCCUAUUCUCAGAGUUCACAACUUAUUAGUCAUCAUAGAAUUCAUACUGGUGAAAAACCGUAUGAAUAUAGGGAAUGUGGGAAGACCUUUAAUUAUGCCUCACAACUUAUUCAGCAUCAAAAUUUGUACUGGUGAUAAACCACAGAAUAUAUGAAAUGUGUGGGAAGGCUUUUAAUUACAGCUCAAAACUAUUCAACAUCAGAGAAUUAUCUUGAUAAUCAUCCUUCUAAAUAGGAUAAUGUAUAAGCAUGUUAUUUGUUGACUACAGCUUAUUUAGCCCAAGAUAAAUGUAGGAAAAUCAACACCCCAUAAGUAAAAUACAUUUUGGAAGUUCUUUAAUAAAAUUUGUUUUUCUCUUGACAUCAGAUAAUUCAACCUAGCAAAAAUUAAAAAUGACAGAACUUUUGACACCUUUAUAACCUUAAACAUCAGAGAAUUCAUGCUGAAAUGUAAUCCUGUGAUUUUCAUUUUCUUUCCCCUCCUGAUUUGUCUGUAGUUAUUAUAUUCUUAAUCUUAGUUCAUCUUAAAUUUAUAUGACUGUAAAGUCCAUCUGUUUACAUCAUGGUUUGUAAAAUACCUAUAUUUUUAAAGUACCUUUAAUAACAGAGAAGUGACCUCUUUAUUUCUGAAGAUGACUUACAUUUUGCUCUUUACAAAAUUUAGGCUUUCUUAUUGUAAAAACAUUCAUGAACAACUUUGCACUCAGUAAAUAGAUAUCCUUUUAAUGGCUUCAUGGUGUUUCAUUAUGUUUCUAUAAUAGCAUUUUAUUAAAUCCAUAGUGAUAGACAUUAUUGUUUCUUCCAGAGUUUUUGCCAUCAUACACAAUGCCCUGAUGGACAUUAUCCCUUGGUAUAUCUUUUUAUCAUGUCUUUUAUUUUAAUUGCAGAAAUAAUGUAUGAAUAUAUUUUCCUUAUAAAGAUUGAAACAUUACAAAUAAGACAAACAUACCCUUUGACCACUAUCCUUGUACCCAUUUUCCUUCCCAAAGGAUGUUAUCUGUUUAGUAUUUAUCCCUCCUGAGAUUUUUGUUUGUUUGUUUUUAUACAUGUAUGUCUCAGUAGAAAUUAUAAAAUGGGGAUAAUCAUAAUACCUACCUCAUAAUUUUGUGUAAGGGUCAAAUAAGACAAAAUGUUUAGAAUUAUGCAUGUCAUAAUAAAUAGAUACUCACUGAAUGUUAGUCAUUGUUACAUUCAUUGUUGUCAUUAGUAUUAUUUGUUGAAAGACAACUGUUUCUGGAGACCUUACUCAACAUAAGGCAAGAUAUGGAAUUGAAGAAUGACCUAUUGAGGGUAAUGAAUUAAGAAGUUUUUCUAUCAUUUAUUUCUUAUGGAACAUGAAAUCUUGGGAUUUGGUGGGGAAAGUAAUGUGUGUAAUACAUGGGAAGAACAUUAUUCAGACUAGCAUCCUUUUAACUACUUAUAAUACCUAAUAUUAAAACAAAUAAGAAUAUAGACAAAACAUUGGUGACACUUCUGGAGAAAAAGUGUGAAAGACAAACAGCAAUUAGGUUUGAAAAAUGGAUAAAUAGAUAUGGAAAUAGAUAGAGAAGCCUUAGAGGUCCUGACUGAAAAUGCUGUUCUGAACACUCUGCUGCUCUCUGAUACACUUGGAAACGUAGACAAAAUUAUUUUUAGGAGGAUUAAAGCAGCCAGUGUUGACUCAAAGAAAAUCAUCUCUUGGGAGACUCUUACACACAUAGGAAAAGGGGAGUUUAUGUGAUUACAGAAGCUAUUAAUUGACAAAGCACCAAACCUAAUUUUUUUCAGGCAAAACAUUACCAAGUGUUCAAGGAAUUUUGAUAUAUUAGUAGACAUGACAUACAAACUUUAAUAAUCUUGCUGUUAGAUGUGCAUUAGGAGGACACAAAAAAGGAAACUCUUUUUCAGUAUCAUCCAUGAAGUUGUUGCAAGCAUACUAAAGAAAUUAGCAAACUGGAUGUAUCAAAAGAAUAAUGAACCUGGUUGGGACAUAGUUAAGAAGGAUGCCCAGUGGCCAGUUCCAGCUAACUGAUGCUGUGAGGAAAAUCAGGCCCUGUUUGCCAGCUCUUCUGACUUCCAGAGAACCCAGAAAUCUACAUUUUUUUAAGUGUGUGAUGGCUCUUGAUUUUUAAAUGGCAGCUCAGAUUUAAAACAAAAUAAACCACGAGGACAGACAAAGAUAUGUCAACUCCGCAGGUAGCAAGUGGGUUACUUGCUACUUGGGUUACCUUUCUGGACACUAGAGCAGUGAGUGUGCUAAAGGCUUGCAGGAGGAGAUUUUAAUUGUGCAAAUGCCUUGGUAACAAGGAAAUUUAAGAAGGGAGCACAACACAAGGUAAUUUACCCAGAAUAUCUUGGAUGUGAACAGUUUUAGAUUAAAAAUACAGAGAUAAAGUAGCUAACCUCCAAGUAUAAAUUCUUUUUAAAAAAUGGACUUGAUUCAGCCUCAAUAUUGUCUACAUGUUUUUUUAUUAUUUAUUCUAAGCAUUAUGUCAGUUAAAUAGGAUGUACAGUCAUGUGCCACUUAAUGACAGGGAUGUGUUCUGAGAAAUGUGUUGCUAGACAAUUUUAUUGUGUGAACAUCAUAAAGUCUUACACAAACCUGAAUGGUGUUUCCUACCACACAUUUAGGCUAUAUGGCAUACCACUGUUGUACAUGCAGUCAGUUGUUCACUGACACAUCAUUAUGAGGAACAUGACAGAAUUUGAGGAUUUUUGCAUCUCUGUUUGUAACAAUAAAUAGGUUUGUAGGAUUCA